AUGGGACUCAUCAACACUUCCAGCCUUGACCUUGAAGAGUUCAUGGGCUCCAGCAUUCCUCCCUAUGCAAUUCUCCCUCACACCUGGGACGCAGACGAUGUCUCGCUGCAAGAGUUUGAGUCCCCGACCGCCGCGACGAGGGCGAAGAAAGGAUACGCCAAGAUCACCAAGACAUGCAGUCUCGCCCGCAGCAACGACAUCAACUACGCCUGGGUCGACACUUGCUGCAUCGACAAAAGCAGUAGUGCCGAUCUCACCGAAGCCGUCAAUUCAAUGUUUCAGUACUCGAAUGUGAUUCCAACCUUUGAAGAAUUGUGCCCUUGCCGCUGGUUCACUCGUGGGUGGACUCUCCAGGAGUUGAUUGCUCCAGAGAAAGUCUACUUCAUCGACCAAAAUUGGAACUACCGGGGCUCAAAGCACGAUAUCGGGGCUUCAAUUUCCAGUAUCACCGCUAUCCUAGCAAGUGUGUUGCACGACAGCGCCGAGAUGUCCAAAUAUACAACACGUGUCGAGUACACAGCCUACUGCCUCAUGGGAAUAUUUGACGUCAACAUGCCUCUUUUGUACGGAGAAGGGGCAAAGGCGUUUAUUUGGCUCCAGCACGAGAUUAUGAGGACAAGCAGUGACAUUUCGAUCCUCGGCUGGAAUUCUGGUGGAUCUCAUAUCUGGGCACCAUAG